AUGAAUAACCAACUGGUUAAAUUCUCCAACUGGUUCACUGGAAACAAGUUGGUUCUGAAUUCAAAAAAAUCCUAUUUAGCCUUUGGCCCUAAAAUCAAAACGAACAAGGAUAUCUUCUCUGGCCUAACCAUUCACAUAGGUGACUCAGUGAUAUUCAGAAACUCUUCAGCUAAAUUUCUGGGAAUUAUUAUCCAGCAAAAAGGUUUGUUGAUACCAAUGACUUGCAGAACUGAUUUAAAUGCUAGAUACUGGGCGGUAAGAGGAAUUCGUCUUUGGAAUUCCUUGGAACUAGUUGCACCUAAUGUUGAUGGAGUUUAUGGCCUAAUUAGUGAUGGGUUGGAUGUGCUGGUGUUGACUGAAACGUGGCAUGGCUUGGCUGGGAACAACUCUGUCAAUAUUGCUAAGCCACCGGGAUAUUGUUAUGUAGACUUUGUCAGGAAGAGCAGCAUUUUCGUGAAGAGUUUAGUUGUAGAAAGAGGUGGAACAUUGGAUCUGGUUGUUAGCUCCGCUGAUUUUCUUAUUAUAAGUACUACGGUUUUUCCUCAUGGAGUUUUCUCUGAUCACAAUCUAAUAACGAUUAAGGCGGUAAUUGUUAAACUACGUCGAACAACAGCCAAAUUUUUAGAUCAUGGAAAAAGAAUGAUGAAGAUAGAUUUGUUGAAGCAGUUUUAA